CAGGCCUGGGUUGCCAUGGAUACCGUGUCCCUGGAGCAUCAGAUCCAGAGCGUGCAACGCCACAUCAGCUUCCUGAAAAAAGAACAGAUGGCCCUGCUGCGAGACCUGCACCUGGAAAUCCUGAGGCUGCAGAAACGCUGCUCAGAACUGACCCAUGACCUGGAAAUGAAAGAGGCCCAAUCUCACCAACAAGAGUUGGCGUCCCGGGAGCUGGAGAGCAAGUGCCGCGAGCUGGAGUCACAGCUGGCGGCGCGGGUGGCGGCCAACGCGGAGCUGCGGCGGGAAGUGGCGCAGCGCGAGGCGCUGGUGUCGGCGCUGCGCUGCAGCCUGCGCGCCGAGGAGCGCCACUUCCUGGAGGAGCUGCGUCGCCGCAGCCACCGAGCCACCGUGCUGGGCACUGAGCUGCAGAAGCACACCGAGGCGGCCGCCUACCUCUCCUACCAGCUGCACGCGGCGCGCCAGAAACUGCAGACUCCGCGCCCAGGCCCCGGCGCCGCCGCCGCCGCCCCCGAGCCCCGGAUCCGCCGGCGCGCACAGCGGGCCCGCCGCCCGCCCGCAGCCGAGGCCGCCGCCAAGGGCCCCGGCCGGGACUGGGCCGCCCGGGAGCGCUCGGCCGGCGCCCCGGACGACGCCGAUGCCAUGCCAGACCCCGCGCUCUUCCUCUACGCCCGGAGGCCCCCGCGGCCCAGUGGCCGCAGCCCGCGCCAGCCGCCUCCCCAGGAGCCCCCUGACCAAGCCACCCGGCCGGCCGCGCCCAGCCCGCCCAGUGCGCCGGCGGACCCGGAGUAAGCGCGGGGCCGGCUGGGAGGGGCGGGGCGGGGAGCGGGGGAAGGCGGGCCCGGGGCCCGACCAGGGACGCAGCUCUGGCCGCGCGGGCGGGUCCCAGGGGCUGAGGCAGCCGGUCCCUCCCCCAGGGAGCGGGCGGAGGCGGCCCCUGCUCCCCGCCCCUUCGCCCCUCCCAGCCGCCCCCGCCUUUUGUAUUUGCCAACAACGCCGAAGCUUUGAGCUCUCCCCUCCCGCCGGGGACCUCCUCCGCGGGGCCCAGCGAAUGCAUCCUUUUUCUAGGAGAGGACUCACAGUACCGAUCUUUAUCUGGUCCCCACCCUGCCACUGGGAGGGGAAGGGGAAGGGGCGGGGGUCACGCCCUGCCCCGGGAAAGCUGACAAUCAUUUGGCGGGAGGGGGAAGACUGGGCGGCCUACGGAAAGGAACCAGAGUGGCCCUUAGCAUCCUUAGGCCUUCCAGCUCCCCGCUGCGGCCUCCCCCAGCCCCCCACGGCUGCCCUUCCCGCCGAGCCUUCCUCCAAGGGGAAGUUCGGGGUGAGGUCUAGAGGCUGGACCUUCACCUUGGAAGCCGCUUCUCCUACCCCCUACCCUGUUGAUAGGUCCUUACAGGUGAGCACGGAACACUUUAGAAGUUGCCUCCUCCAGAGCCUCUGAUGGGGAAAGUGUGGACUUAUUGAAGUUUGAACUUCUGGAAAUUAGCACCCAUAGACCCUUAGAGAAGAUUACAGCGUGGGUUUGGUGGCAGAUCCUGGGCUAGAGCUGUCUCCAGCUCAGUUCUGCCCCAGGAUGCCGACCUAGGUAUUGACUCGGGACACGCCAGAGUCGGGCUGCCCCAUCAGGCUUAUGGAAGGGUUAGAAAGUGCUUUCAGGAGGUAGCUGGGAACCUGAAGGCUGCCCUGGGAGUUUUCCUAGUCCUGUUUAUUGGUGCUAAUUUUGCCCAGCUUCCUCAUUAGCUGGCUGCACCCAGAGGCAGGAAGAAGGGCCCGGCUUCUCGGAAGUGGCAGCUGUUGAGAGAGGUUUGGGUUUGCUGGGGGGAGGGGGGGAGGGAGUGGACAGGUGAGGCCCCAGCCUGGCCCUCUCCAGGAAUGCCCCCAAUCCUAUCAGACCUGACAGUGGUGGGGUGCUUCGUGCCCUCUCUCUAGGUUGGGGAGUGGCAAAAGGAAAGAAUACGGCCCACCUCCUAACGCGUUUCUCCCCAUCUCCCCUUCACGACCAAAGGCAGGAAGUGAAGCUCCAGUCCAGUUCAUUGCCCCCACCCAGUCCAGCCUGGAAAGAAAGACAGAUCCCUAGAACCCUGUCCUCUCAUGCCAUCCCUCCUCUGUUGGUCCUGCAUCAAGUCCUAAGUGCCUGUGAUGUCUUCCAGGGGCUGCCGUGGGAGGACGUGGGGCAGGGAGAGUCCUUUAUCUCACUCACAAGCACCCAUCCUGGCAGGUCCUGACCUGGUUGGGGCUGAGCCUUCUGUUUGUCACCCAGGGGUCUGGGAGGUCCCUAGGGUGAUGAACCCUUUUUCCGUCACGGCCCCAUGAAGAAGAGGGGGAAAGAACCCCAAUUAUACCCUCUUUCACGGUAUAUGUUAGAGGGAGCAGGACACCCGUGAGCUCACACAUACGCAGCCCCCUCCCAGCUCAGGACUGCUGAGACCACUGAGCAAUAACCAGGCCUGGUCUAGGUGUCCGCCACCGAGGCACCCUCGGAACGGACCGUGCUGUCCAGUCUCAGGGGCCACAGCAGUGGCCUAGGGUCCUUGCUUUGCCUGCUCCCACCUCUCCCCUCCCCAGUCUCUGUGGCUGUGCCUCUACCCUCUGUGUCCCCUCAAGGGUGGGCGACCCACCGUACCCCCUCGACCCGUUGCCUUUCCUUUCAGAGCAGGUGUGAGUGAGGAGGCCUGUCUCUGCUCUCGGCUGCUCUCACCUGACGGGGCCCAGAGGAUCCUGGGCAGGAGGGAAAGGGGGUCUUUCUGGAGGCAGCCUCAUCUUCCACAAUCAAACUUUUGGGGUGAACCGGGUGACUUUGUGACACCAAUUCUUCUACAGAGAUGGUGAAGUACUUUACCCACCCGCUCACCCACUAAAAGCCAUAGCUACGCCCACCUGGCCUCCCCCGGCUCUAUAGCAAUAGCCCUCUUCCUCCUUCCCUCCUGUGUACCCGAGCUGUCUGGCUGGGGGCCCCCAAAACCCCUACCGCACGGAUCCUCCCGUGGCCUGCCUGCCUCUCCCCAAGUGACCCCAUCAGCACCUCCCACCUCCUGUCCCUCUUCCAGCAAUCAGAGAUGAUGACUCUUAAUUGUGAGGUACUUGGAGGUACCCCACAUGAAGGUCCAGCGUGCUGGGGCGGCUGACUCGCUGACUCCCAGCUGAGGUGUCGGCGAGCUGGGGCAGGGGCCAAGGCAAAUACAGGGUUCAGAUUUUAUGAGAAAUUCCCGUUCCCUCUCCCUCUCCUGGAAAUAAUGGACAGAGGCUUCCUGCCUCUCUCCUGCACCUGGGUUUGGAACAGAACCCUCAGGGCAGCAGAAUAAGACUGGGAGCCAGUGGCCUGCCCUUGGCCUCAGCGGUCAGAAACUCCUCAGCCUUGCCCUCAGCUUCUGGCCCUCCCCUUCUCCUAGCCUGGGGGACCCGCCCUGCCAAGGGAAAGACGCCCUCCCUUGAGCCCCUAAAAAGUUUGGCUGGCUAGAAGGGAAACGAUUGUUUCCUUCCCUCUCCCUGUCCUCCACCUCUCCCCUCUUCUCUGCUGCAUGAAUCCCCAUUGGGGGAGGACUGUGUUGACACGGACACUCAGGGGCCCUAGCUGGAACCAGGAGCUGCAGGUGGGGACCCCUCCCCGUUCUGGAAGCCAAUCAGGGACCUGUGGGCAAUACAGCAUGAGGCUUUGUACCCCUGCCCCUCAAUAUCCCACCCACAGCAGCCUGCAGUUUGGGGGGCCAGGCCAGGGCUGAAAUGGGGUAGCCCUUCCCCAAACAAGCAGCACAAUAGAGGUCUCCCUGAUGGAGAGGAAGGAGGCCGAGAGGGUGUGGAGGAGCAUCUCCUCAUCACGGAGAGCCAGGGAUCUCUAAGCACCCUCUCGCUGAGGUGCCAGCCUUGAAUGGGGGACGCGCGAGGCUUCAGAGCCACCUGGCAG